UAAGUGGUGUGAUCAUGUGUGAUGAGGCCUCACUAUAAGAUAAGAAAGGGUCAAUGUCAUAGUCAAAUAAGUUCAUAAUGGCCACCUUCCAACUCCACUCGUUUUGCACCUUGUCACAUGUAAAUACAAAAACAUCAAUACCAUUUUUGGUGCUUUGAUAACACAAUUCCUCUACAUCUUUGCUUGGGACACCUCAAAAGGGCCACCGCCACCUCUUCCAUUAUCACCACCGCUACCACUACCGUCAUCACCAUCACAGUCACCGUCAUGAUCACCACUUAUUUCUAAAAGAAAUGGAUGGGAAUCGAGUCCAUAACAUUGCAUAGAGUAUUCUUCCCACGUGGUUAGGAUUUCUCGGAUUCUUGGAUUUCAAGAUGGAAGUAAAGCAACCAAUGUUUCCGACAACAUACGACAAAUUGUAUGGUAAUAGGAAAGAAAGGUAUAAGGAUUCAAGGAAAGAGAAAGAAGGAAAGGGAGAGGAAGAAGAACACUUGAACUUAAGAAGCUUGUCAAAGGUUAUAAUCCCUCCAUUGGGUGCUUCAUCAGGUGAUACACAAAACCAUAUCAACUCAAGAUCCUCCAAAAUCAUCUCACCCAUGGACUCCAAAUAUAGGUAUUGGCAAACACUAAUGGUUGUAAUGGUAGCAUAUUCUGCAUGGACAUACCCCUUUGAAGUUGCCUUCCUCAAAUCCUCUUCACAUACACAUAAACAGCUCUACAUUGCUGACUCCAUCGUCGAUCUCUUCUUCGCCAUUGACAUUGUUUUGACUUUCUUUGUUGCUUACGGCGACCCCACCACCCAUCUCCUUGUUCGCGACCCCAAAAGCAUCGCCACCAGGUACCUAUCAACAUGGUUUGUAAUGGAUUUGGCAUCAACAUUGCCUUUCGAAUUGAUUUCAUACUUGUUUACCGGACAUCAUCGUAUGAGUCUGCCAUAUACCGUCUUGGGUUUGCUCCGAUUCUGGCGUCUCCGUCGCGUGAAGCAGUUUUUCACUAGGCUUGAAAAGGAUAUUAGAUUCAACUACUUCUGGGUCAGAUGUGCAAGGCUUCUUUGUGUGACUCUGUUUUUGGUACAUUGUGCGGGUUGUAUCUACUAUUUGCUAGCAGUGUUGUAUCCACAUGAAGGAAGGACAUGGAUUGGGUCUAUAAACCCGGGUUUUAGGAAAGAUGAUCUUUACAUUCUAUACAUAUCCGCCAUAUAUUGGUCUAUAACCACCAUGACCACCGUCGGCUAUGGUGAUCUCCAUGCUGAGAACGCUGCGGAGAUGGUGUUUAUUAUCUUUUACAUGCUCUUCAAUCUUGGCCUCACCGCCUACAUUAUCGGAAACAUGACCAACUUAGUAGUUGAAGGCACUCGUCGCACCAUGGAAUUCAGAAAUAGCAUUGAAGCAGCAUCAAGUUUUGUGGGGCGGAAUCGGUUGCCAACUAGGCUUAAAGAACAGAUACUUGCAUACAUGUGCUUGCGGUUCAAGGCAGAGAGCUUGAAUCAACAACAGUUAAUCGAACAACUACCGAAAACAAUAUGCAAAAGCAUUAGACAACAUUUGUUUUUGCCAACAGUCGAAAAAGUUUAUUUGUUCAAAGAUGUCUCCAGAGAAAUUCUCCUGCUUCUGGUUGCGGAUAUGAAGGCUGAAUACAUACCACCAAGAGAAGAUGUUAUAAUCCAAAACGAGGCACCUGAUGACGUAUACAUAAUUGUUUCUGGUGAAGUAGAAAUCAUAGAAUGCGAUUCAAUGGAGAAAGAACAAGUGGUGGGCGUGUUACGCACAUGUGACAUCUUUGGGGAAGUCGGUGCACUUUGCUGCAGACCACAAUCGUACAUCUACCGAACCAAGACCCUGAGCCAGCUCUUACGGCUCAAAACCACAGCUCUCAUUGAAGCAAUGCAGACCAAACAACCCGACAACGUGUCUAUUCUCAAGAACUUUCUUCAGCAUCACAAAAAGCUUAAAGAUCUAAACUUGGGAGACUUAUUAUUGGACGGUGGUGAAGAGAGUAUAGAUGGAGAUCCAAACAUGUCAAUGAACUUGCUCACUGUUGCUGGCACGGGCAAUGCUGCGUUUCUUGAUGAACUCCUUAAGGCGAGGCUUGAUCCCGACAUUAGUGACUCAAAAGGAAGAACCCCUUUGCACAUUGCAGCAUCAAAAGGGCAUGAAGAAUGUGUUUUGGUUCUUCUAAAGCAUGCAUGCAACAUACAUCUUAGAGAUGUGGACGGUAAUACUGCACUAUGGGACGCCAUAGCAUCAAACCACCAUUCCAUAUUUCGGCUUCUAUUCCACGCGGCUUCCAUAUCCGACCCGUUUACAGCGGGUGAGCUUCUGUGUACAGCAGCAAAGCGAAACGAUCUAACGGUGAUGAAAGGCCUGUUGAAACACGGUCUUGUUGUAGACUCAAAAGACCACCAUGGAUCAACAGCCAUGCAGAUUGCUGUUUCGGAAAACAACAUCGAAAUGGUAAAGCUGUUAGUGAUGAAUGGUGCGGAUGUGAAUGAUCACACAAUUAGGAACCAGAUCCCUGAAGAAAACUUGAUGGAUUUCUUGGAAAAAAGAGAGGUGGGACACCGCAUUGUGAUGCUGGAGCAGGUGCAGGAGCCAGUGGUGGAGAAAGCUGGCUGGAGAGAGGAGGCGGAGAAGGGUAUUUUGGGAAAAACACAAGUGCAGUUUGGUGGCAGGGUUAGUAUUUAUAAAGGGCUUCCAAUGGUAAGGAGGAAGAUUGGUUGUACAGAUGCUGGUAAACUUAUUAAAAUGCCAAAUUCAGUGAUGGAGCUCAAGAUCAUUGCAGGUGAAAAGUUUGGAUUUGAUGCUACAAAUGCAGUGGUGACAAAUGAAGACGGGGCUGAGAUUGAUGACAUUGAAGUGAUUAGAGACAAUGAUAAGCUUUUUAUUGGAGAUCUUCCUUAAUUUAAAAACAAAUGUUUGCAUUUUGUCUAGAUUUUAUGGCAUUUCAUCUAAUGAAUAAUAUAGAUGCAAACAUUUCAUCUUCA